AUGUCUGGACUUCGGGAAGUGAGCCGGAAGACGACCUUCGAGCCAGCGGAGCAUUUGCGGCAGAAUUCGCUAUCGACGCUAGCAAUGAAGCUACGAGCACUCGAGAAGACCAAGGACGAGAAGACUAAGGACAAGAAGAACCAAGGACGAGCAGUCUGCACGCAAACGUUCAACAUCGAGACGCCCGCGCCUAAAAGCAACACCCGCACGACCAAGGCGGUCGUAUGCCUUCGUCGACAUCUUAUCUACCGAGAAAUGAAGAGGGCAGAACUCAGCAUGCUUAGACACGCUAUCUCCAACAAGCAAGCAAGCCAGCGUGGCAAAGGAAGCGAGCAAGUCGGCAAGCAAGUAGCACAUCGCUACGACACCCUGCGCGUUGGCCGACGAUUUCGAUUACGACCUGGACGGCUUCGACGACGACGCUACAUAAUUGCACUCGCACCCUUCAGGCUUUCUUCCCACGCGCUCAGCUCAUCACGUUUCAAGGACCAGCACGCCAAGUGUCAAGUUCCCAAGUCUGGUUAUGCAGGCAUCAAUGCCGAGAUCGACAACGACUUCUACGACUACGAGUUCUACCACUGCCAGGACGAUCUAAAGUACGGCGAUGAUGCGUAUUGGGGGGAAACGGACUCCCUCUCCUCCCUCUACUUCCUCUCCUCCCUCUACUUCCGCUCCCGCUCCGAGUCCUCCGGUCGUGAAGUCAUGGCGGAUUGGCAGAGCAAAUGGUUAGACUACGACUCCGAUUUCGUCCUUAAUAAGACCUUUCCGAAGCCUCCGAAGGGCACUUAG